UUCUCACUGCUGCCUGGAGCCAGCCCGCCCGCCCCUCCCUGCGCCUCCAGGCCGGUGCUCCCGCCCCAGCCCGCCCCUUCCCUCCUGCCGCUGCCGCGGUCUGGGCCUGUGCGGCGGCUGCCGGCAUGGUGCGGUGCGGCGGGGCGGUGCUGCGGAAGUAUGGCAACUUUAUAGACAAUUUACGGGUCUAUGUGAGAGGAGGAGCUGGUGGAAUGGGUUAUCCUCGCCUAGGUGGGGAAGGAGGGAGAGGUGGUGAUGUCUGGUUCGUUGCCCAAGAAAAAAUGACCUUAAAGGGUAUUAAGCAGAGAUACCCCCAGAAGAGAUUUGUAGCUGGAACAGGAGCCAACAGCAGUGUUAAAGCACUAAAAGGUGAAAAAGGAAAAGAUUGUGAAGUCCCUGUGCCUUUGGGAAUUUCAGUUCUUUCUGAUGAUGGCAACCAAAUUGGAGAGCUUAAUGCAGCAGGAGACAGAUUCCUAGCAGCUCGCGGGGGUCUUGGAGGAUCUCUGGCCACAAACUUCCUGCCUUGCAAGGGUCAGAGGCGAGUUGUUCGUCUGGAUUUGAAACUUAUAGCAGAUGUUGGCUUAGUUGGGUUUCCAAAUGCAGGAAAAUCAUCCUUAUUGAGCAAGAUUUCUCAUGCCAAACCUGAGAUUGCAAAUUAUGCAUUUACAACAGUACAGCCUGAACUUGGAAAGAUCAUGUAUGCAGAUUAUAAGCAGAUAUUAGUAGCUGAUCUCCCAGGACUGAUCGAAGGUGCACAUGCAAACAAAGGGAUGGGCCACAAAUUCCUCAAACAUGUAGAAAGAACCAGACAGCUUCUCUUAGUUGUUGAUAUUUCUGGGUUUCAACUCUCUGCUAAGACUCAGUUCAGAACAGCCUUUGAAACUAUAUUGCUUCUAACAAAGGAACUGGAGCUGUAUAAAGAGGAACUUGUAACAAAGCCUGCACUUCUUGCCAUUAAUAAAAUGGAUUUGCCUUGUGCAAAAGAUAACUUGAAUGAACUCAGGAAACAACUCCAGAAUCCCCAAGACUUCUUACAUUUAGUACAGGAAGAAAUUAUUCCUGUAAAUACACUUGAAUUCAAAGACAUAAUUCCUGUAUCUACAUAUACUGGAGAGGGAAUUGAGGAACUAAAAGCAUGUAUAAGAAAAUCUGAAGAUGAGGAAGCAGAGAAGGAGAAUGAAGAAUAUCGGAAAAAGAAACUACUACUUUUGCAAACUUCAGAACAAAUGAAUAGAAGCUAACAUUCUUGGUUGGAUCAAACACAUUUUAAUAUUUUCAGUCUGUACAUGAACUGAUUAAUAUCCAGACCUUCUAUUUAAUUGUUGUUUGCUCUACCACUGGCCACUUCACUCGCCACCAUUGUCUCAGUUUGUUUUGGCAGAGUUGAGCAGAGUGCAGUAGGGAAAAGAACAGAUUUUUCUGAAUGAUGUUGGCUACUGACUCAACAGAAUCAAGACAAAAGUAUGUGCAGCUCAAACCACUGGUAAACAAGUAAUGAUCCCUGGAAUACUUUUUUACCAAGUGAGAUCAAUGGAAUGAAUAUAACUCACAGAAGUAGCAAAAGAGCAAGUUCAACCACUCUUAUCUUUUGCCAUGGAGGACAAAGUCAUCCAGGGAAAUUUCUGUUGGAGCAGUUUUCCAGGGUCUGGUGCACCAGUUUUGCUAUUUUAACAACCAUCAGAUUGUAGAUUUUUUUUGUUGAAGAUCUAAAGGAAAACAUAAAUAAACAGCUGCAAGGAAAUGCCUUGUAGGACUGUGAAAAAGCAAGAAUAAUGUGUACUGUUGGGUUUUUUCCACACCUGCUGGUGCCUACUGUAGUCUUCUUGAUAAUACAGAUUUUGAUUCUAAAUUGCUAGAUUCAGUCUGGGAGUCCCUCCUUUUAUGGAGUUGUGGGUAUGUGUUAACCUUUGAAGAAAAUAAUGGCUGCUGUUCGACAGAGCUAUAUAUUUUGGGGAAUAGGUAAUGUUCCAGUAUUUUGUAUAUAAUAGCAGGCACAUUUUUAAAAAAAUCCUUUAUUGUACAGAGAAUUAUUUUUUCUACUUCAAAGCUAUUAAAUUGAUUGCAAAGCAAAAUAAGAUUGAAUAAUUGAAAGGCUUUUUGAUUUGAUCUUGUCACAUCUCAACCCCAGUGCUCUUAAUUUUGAUAAAGCAGUUACUAGGAAGAAAGGUAUGAUUUCUCAUAACCCAGUUAUUUUGUUGUUAGUGUAAUAUAUGUGUGUGUUUGUGAAUUCAUGUUGAAUAAUUAUUUGAAUAAUUAUAAAGUGUUUACUAACCCACCUUUUAUAAAGUAUUUUGCUAGCCCCAUUUUGAGAGUACUAAUAUAUCUGCUUUCAACAUUGGGAAAGAUGCAAAUAUAACUGUUCUUUGUGUAACCACAAAGCUUAGGGAAAGAAGACACCUGUUGUAGAAUGCUCCCAAAAGGUAGGGGGUUUGACCCUUUUGCCGCGCCCAACCCCAUGUUUGAGGGGCCACUUAGCCCGGCCCAUAAUUCUGGUCCCUGCACCAGGGAUUCGCUGUGCUACAGGUAAACACACUGGGUGGGCAGUACCAGGUUACAUUGGAGUGUGGUGGCGGGGGUGUGGUCACAAAAACCCUAUAUAAGUAAAUGAAACUUCCUAAUAAAGUGAAUUCUUGUUUACCAAC